UAUUAUUUGUGCUUUUAAUUUCCACAGCGUAUGCAUCAUCCUGACUAUGACAAUAAUCUCAAGUUCUUCUUACCGCGUACUGUUGUCCUGAACAGAUUGAAAGCAUCAGAUGCACUUGGCUUUAAUAUCCGUGGUGGUAAAGAGCACAACUUUGGAUUAUAUGUAUCAAAGGUAAUGCGGGAAAGUGCAGCUGCAAACCUUGGUAUAAAGGAAGGUGACCAGAUCUUGCAGGUUAAUGGUAUUGAUUUCAACACUUUGGAUCAUGCAGAGGCUGUCAAGGUACUGAAGUUCAAUACAACAGUGAAGAUGGUUGUUCGAUACUUUCCUUAUGGAUAUCAAAGAACGUAUGAUCGAAACAGGCCUGAUAUGAGUGUUCCAGGCAUCUCGCCAACUUCAUCUUCAUUGAGUCACAGGUGAUCUGAGUUAACAAGUUCCUGAUGAAAUGCACUCUGAAUGCCUUCAAGGAUUUUGCAGGUCUUUUUUCAUAAGCGAAUGAAACACAGAUUUGCAAAAAAAAUUGAUUUGUGCUCACCGAAAUCACCUUUCAACUUUACAUCAUUGCCUGGUACGGAUGUGAUCUGACUAGGAGGAUAGCUUUCUGUUGUCAGUUCCACAAUAGAUGGAAAUAUUGACCUAUCCUAAGGCCCUGUCCUACAACUACUAGAACAAAUACAGUACAACCUCUCUCUAUAACGACGUCGUCGGGAACCGAAAAAAAAAUGUUGUUAUGGAGAGUUGUUGUUAUAGAGAGGCAACCAAAAAUAUUAGGUUACUAAUGAUAUAUAAGGAAAAAA